AUGGCAGGCUGGGAGAAACUUGGAAUUCUGACAGCGGCAGGCAAUCAAUCGAAACGCGACGACUCGCCUAGGACCGAAGCAAGACGGGACAUGAGUCGGCGAUGGGGACGCCGUAAUCACUCCACUCUGGCAUUGGCGACGAUGUGGCAUCGAGUUGAGCUGCAAAAUAUUGACUUGGGCGGGUGGCAAUGGCAACAAGACGAAUUCAGGGUCCUUUGGCGGCAAGACAUAGCUGCAGGGAGGCAUUCUGUAAAGUUUGACCUCCUGUAUACUGUAGUAUAUCCGUUCGGGGACGCGAGCCGCUGGUUUCUUCACGCGCGCAACAUCCCAAUGACCUCAAUGAUUUGUCCAAAGUUCGUUGAUAUUGUAUUUCUGGUCAAAGCCUCAAAGGGGGUAGUCUCCGCCAGCAGCAGGAGAUAG